AUGGAUGAUUAAAAUUGGAACACCACAUAUAUAAGUUAAAAAACUUUUAUUAAUUAAUCAAUAUUUUUUGAAUAAUAGAAUAAUAAUAAUUUGAAUAUUUUUUUUGAUUGUGUAAACAAUGUAUAAAAUAAUAAUUAUUCUUUUUGUGGAAUAGAAAACUUAUUUGUUGUUUCGUUAACCUGUUAAAAUUAAUAAUAAUUAAACCUUUAUAAAUAUUAUAACAAUUAAAACCCUUGUAUUUCUUAUUGUGGAGAUGGAUUGAUUUCAUCAAAUGAAGAAGAAUGUGAUGAUGGUAAUUUAGAACCAUUUGAUGGAUGUUUUAAUUGUAGAUUCUCAUGUAAUGAAUAAUGUGUGAUUUGUAUUAAAGGUUCAUGUCUUGAAUGCAAAUAUGGAUAUUAUUUAAAUGAGAUAAAUAAUAUUUGUGAAACAUAAUGUGGAGAUUCUAUAAUUGAAGGAUUCGAAUAAUGUGAUGAUGGUAACCAAGACAAUUAUGAUGGUUGUUCUUCAUGUUUAUCGAUAGACUAUUAGAAAUGUGAAUAAGAAGAACAUAAAUAAUUAAAUAAAUGUUCAUUCUGUUAUUUUGGUAGGUGUUUACAAUGUGCUGAUGGAUAUAUAUUAGAUGAUGGUAUUUGCGUUUCAUUUUGUGGAGAUGGAAUAGUAAAUAAAUUAGAUGAAGAAUGUGAUAAUCCUAAUGAUAUUGGUUGUAUAGAUUGUAGAAUAUAAAAAGAUUAUGUUUGCAUUUAAUUAGCUUUAUCAAUUUGUAAGACAUGUGGUGAUUAUUGUACUUCAUGUAAAACAUUUAAAUCUUUUGAUGUUAUUUGUGAAUCAUGUUAAGCUGGUUAUUAUCCUGUUAAUGAUUAAUGCCAAAAAUGCGAUUCUAACUGUCUAACUUGUUUAAAUCAGUCAUUUUUAUGUACUUCGUGUUUCAGAGAAGAUUGUUAAAAUUGUGAAAUUGUUGAUGGUCUUUAUGCAGAUUAGAAAUCUAAAAAAUGUAUUUCUAAAUGUGGAGAUGGAAUUGCUGUUCAAUAUUUUGAACAAUGUGAUGAUGGAAAUAUUAAAAAUGGAGAUGGAUGUAAUCAAUUUUGUGAGUUUGAAUUCACUGAUUCUGAAUUUCAAGACCUAUCUUAAUGGUCUCUAACUAAAUAAAAUACUUAUGAUCUUAAAUUAAUGAAUACUUCUAAUUAUAAUCUUAGCUUACUCUGUAAUACAUCAGAGAUUUCUAUUCAUAAUUUUACUAUUAAUGAAUUCAAUUACAAUCAAACUAAAAUUGAUGGCAUGUGCAAAAUUGAAUUCGAAUUCUUAAAAAAUAUAUAUACCUAUAAUACUAUUCAAAUUACUAUUCGAAUUGAUAUAGCAAAUACUAGAUUACUAACUGAAAAUAAUAAACCAAAUGUAGUUUAUAAAAUAUCUCCUAAAGAAUAAUUAAUAUUAUCAGAUUAAUAAAAAUAAUAGACAGAAUCAUUUAAUGUAAUCUAACAAUCAUUCAGUUUAAUAUUUAUUAUUUUAAUUCCAAUUUCAAUUGUCACAAAUUUGUUUGAUUAUUUAUGGUCAGUUUUAGAAAUCUUGAGUUGGAUUAAUAAUUUUUACUUUAUCAAUGUUAAGUAUCCAUUUAAUGUUGAAAUCGUUUUUUUAAAUAGUGAUUGGUCAUCACUUAUUAAUUUUCCAACUUAUUAAGGUUUCAAUUAACCAGAUUGUGAUUACUAUUUUAAGGCACCCAUAAGAUUUUAAAAUAAAGGCAUAGAUCCCCUCUUUAUUAACAAUGCCCAAGUUCCCUUUAUGUUUAUAUUAACUUCAAUUGCACUCUAUAUAGUAAAUUACAUAUUAUUACUCUUUUUCAAUUAUCUCAAUGUUCUCUUAAGUAAAUAAUAUAAAUUUAAUUAAAAACACUUUAGUAUCUUCAAUUUAUAGGCUAUAAAAGAGAAAAAAUAAAUUUCGAUAUCAAAUCAAUAAGAAAACUAAGUUAAAAUUGAAAACAAUAAAAUACUCUAAAUCAUUGUUAAUUUAUUAAGUAAGAGCUCAAACCAGUUUAAAAAUAAAAUUAAAUAAACCAUAUCUUUGUGUUUAUUAGAUAUUACACUAGCUUGUAUGCUUUAAUUUACUUUUUCUAAACCUGAACAGCAUUUUAUUGUAGCAAUUAAUUAAUUAUUAGCUUGUUUAUCAGUACUCCUUAUAAUAUUUUAAUUGAAUUAAUCAUAUUCAUUAUUAAGAAUUCACAAACUCUUGGCAGAAAAUAAAAUAUUCAAAGAAAAAUAUGAAAUAUAUUAUGAAAAUAUCAAUACUGAUGAUUGUUUUGGUUAUUACUAUAAUUUAAUUGGUUUGUUAAAAAAGAUAUUUUACAUUUUCUUUAUGGUGUUCUUUUAUUAUAUACCAAUACUUUAAGCUCUAUUUUGUUUUAUCUCUACAUCCAUUGGAUUUGCUCUUAUUUGCUAUAAGAAUCCUUACACAACUAAAUCAUAAUAUGUUCUAUAAUUAAUUUUAGAUCUAAAUUUAAGCUUAAUUAACCUUAUACUUGUAAUUUUUUCAUUUUAUGAUUAUUCAAAUUAUCAAUAUAUCAAGGACAAUAUUGAUACCUUAGGCUGGAUAAUUAUUUCAUUAAUCAUAUUUUCAAUUUUUCUUGAAAUUUGUUCCCUCUUAUAUGGCUUAUUAAAAUAUUUUUAUUAAAUUGUUUUGAUUUUGAAAAGUUAUUAUUAGAAAACUGACUUAAAUAAUGGGAUAACGAUUAAUUAAUCACUGUCAAUUCAAGAAUAGAAAUAAAUUAUAUAAUAAGAUCAAUUUAUCGAAAACAAAAAAUAAUGA